CCACUCCUCCACGAGACCCCCACCUGUGGCCGCUCGUCUCGUCGUCUCCGCCACAGGAGCAGCAGCGCGGCAACGUACUGCAGCUUCGCUUAAUACCGCCGGAGGAGGAAGGAGGGAGGGAGGGAUGAAGGUGACCGUGGUGUCCCGGAGCGGCCGGGAGGUGGUCAGGGGCGGCCUCGAGCUCAAGGACUCGGCGAAGGUCGCGGAUCUGCAGGAGGCCAUCUAUGCCAAGACUAAGAAGUAUUAUCCUGCUAGACAGCGGCUCACCCUCCCUCUCCAAUCUGGAAAAUCUGGAAAACCAGUUGUCCUUAGCGCAAAGGCCAGCCUAACAGAAUACUGCGAGAAGGGUUCUGGAUCCCUGACAGUGGUCUUUAAAGAUUUAGGCCCACAGGUCUUCUACAGCACAUUGUUCUUCUGGGAAUACUUGGGCCCUCUUCUUAUCUACCCCAUGUUCUAUUACUUGAAUGUCUACAAAUAUUUUGGAUACGAGGGAGAGCGGGUCAUGCAUCCUGUUCAGACUUACGCCAUGUACUAUUGGUGUUUCCACUACUUCAAGAGGAUCAUGGAGACAUUCUUUGUCCACCGUUUCAGCCAUGCGACUUCUCCUUUAUCAAAUGUCUUCAGGAACUGCGCCUACUACUGGACCUUUGGAGCUUACAUUGCUUACUACUGCAACCACCCACUCUACACCCCUGUGAGUGAAUUGCAGAUAAAGAUUGGGUUUGGAUUUGGUAUUCUCUGCCAAAUUGCAAACUUUUACUGCCAUAUCCUGCUGAGGAACCUCAGAAGUCCCAGUGGUAACGGUGGCUAUCAGAUUCCUCGCGGUUUCUUGUUCAACGUAGUGACUUGUGCAAACUAUACCACUGAAAUCUACCAAUGGCUUGGGUUCAACAUUGCCACACAGACUGUAGCAGGUUAUGUCUUCCUCGUCGUGGCAGCAAGUAUCAUGACCAACUGGGCACUUGGAAAGCACCGCCGUCUCAAGAAGUUGUUCGACGGGAAGGACGGGAGGCCUAAGUAUCCUCGGCGAUGGGUGAUUCUUCCUCCAUUCCUGUAAGGAGUUGUGUUAGCGCGUUGGGCCCCCAUGGGAUUGAAUCCUUGCUCUGUUCCCAGAGUUCGGAAGUUAGAAGCCUUCAAUUUCAUGCAAACGUUUCUGCUAAUUGUGCUCUGUACCACUUCUAUUCUGUGAUGCAAAAUUUCUGAUCCAUAAAAUGGAAUUUCUCUUGGCUAUUGUUGAACUUCUCAUUGAGUUUACAUUGCAUUGCUAUGCAUCGGUCCUAUUGUAAUGGUUAAAUACAAUAUAAGUUUCAUCUGAUAUCAGCUUGUUGCCUUGUAGUCAAUUUGUCCUAGCAGCAGUAGUAAUGCGAUCAUAAUUUCAUUUUGACGCUUGGAAUUGCUGUUCUAUUCAGUCCCUGUUACCUGAAGCCUGGCAUUU